AUGAAGAGGGAAAACUAUUCAGAGGUGACUGAGUUUAUUUUCGAAGGGUUCUCUAGCUUUCAGGAGCACCAAAUUACACUCUUCAUGGUAUUCCUUGCUCUGUACAUCUUAACCCUUGCAGGCAAUGCCAUUAUUGUGACCAUCAUCAGCAUGGACCGUUACCUCCAUACUCCAAUGUACUUCUUCCUAAGUAUGCUGUCCAUUUCUGAGACCUUGUAUACAUUGGUAAUUGUCCCACGAAUGCUGGCCAGCCUCACUGGUCUGAACCAGCCCAUCUCUUUAGCAGGUUGUGCUACUCAGAUGUUUUUCUUUAUCACCUUAGCUAUCAACAACUGCUUCCUGCUCACUGCAAUGGGAUAUGAUCGUUAUGUGGCCAUUUGCAACCCCCUGAGGUACAUGGUAAUCGUGGACAAGAAGAUGUGUACCAAGCUAAUAUGUGGUGCAUGUGGCAUUGGUCUGACUGUUGCAACAGUUCAGAUUACAUCUGUAUUCAGGUUACCUUUCUGUGAAGCAAAAGUACCCCAUUAUUUCUGUGAUAUCCUCCCAGUAAUGAAACUUUCCUGUGUUGACACAUCUAUCCAUGAUAUCAUCAAUUUUAUCAUUAGUUCACUAGUGAUUGUGGUGCCCAUGGGUUUGGUCUUCUUCUCCUAUGUCCUCAUCAUCUCCACCAUCCUAAAGAUUGCAUCUGCUGAGGGGCGGCAGAAGGCCUUUGCUACAUGUGCUUCUCAUAUCACUGUGGUCAUUAUCCAUUAUGGAUGUGCUUCUAUUGCCUACCUUAAGCCCAAGUCAGAAAACACCAGGGACCAGGAUCAACUGAUCUCAGUGACUUAUACAGUUUUCACUCCACUGCUGAACCCUGUUGUAUACACUCUGAGGAAUAAGGAGGUCAAAGAUGCCCUGCGCCGGGCUGUGGGAAGGAAAACCCUAUCCUAG